GGAAAGUUCCUCGUGGACGCUGAUUUCACACCUUUAUUGACCUUCCAGACGCACCUUAAGGUCCGCCCAGUAGCAAGAUGUCUUCCGAGGUCAAGCAUCCACAAUGUAAGAUCGGACCUUCCAUCCUCAACGCCGACCUGUCCAACCUUGAGCAAGCCUGUGUUGAUAUGAUGGCCAGCGGGGCGGACUACCUCCACCUGGACGUGAUGGAUGGCCACUUCGUCCCUAACCUAACCUUCGGCCAUCCUCUCGUGCGAUGCUUAAGGCCGAAAGUACCAGAUGCCUUCUUUGAUAUGCACAUGAUGGUGUCUAAUCCGGAGAAGUGGGUGGAGCCUAUGGCGGAGGCCGGGGCGGAUCAGUACACCUUCCACGUAGAGGCCACGGAUGAACCCAAGGCCCUGGCGCGGAAGAUCAGGGAGGCGGGGAUGAAGGCUGGCGUCGGCGUCAAGCCCAACACCCCAAUCGACGUGGUUGUUCCGCUCAUCGACGCGGUGGACAUGGUGCUGGUGAUGACGGUGGAGCCAGGCUUUGGGGGCCAGGCCUUCAUGGCGGAUAUGAUGUCCAAGGUGGAGUUCCUGAGGCGGAAGUUCCCCGAGCUGGACAUUGAGGUGGAUGGUGGAGUGAGCCUGACCACCAUUGAUGCCUGCGCUAAGGUGGGUGGGUGUAAUGGCUGGCUUGUGGUUGUGGUUGUGGUUGUGGUUAGGUUUGGUAAGGUUUUGGUGAGGUUUUGGUCGGGCAGUGCCGUGGUCAAGGCUGAGGACCCCAAGGAUGUCAUCGCACGCCUCCGCCAGUCUGUCGUCAACGCUCUCUAGGCUUGGACGUUUGUGGAAGGGAAGGAAGAGGAAGAGGAGGAGAGGAAGGGAAGGAAGAUGAAGGGAGGAGGAGGAUGGGUGGCACACAGAGGAGAAGAGGGAGAGGGGGAGAGAAGGAAGUCCCAUAGUUAAGGCUCUGUAGGAGACGACGGAACGAAGAGGAAGGGAAGGAAGAGAAGGAGAGGAAGGGAAGGAAGAUGAAGAGGGGGAGGAGGAUGGGUGGCACACAGAGGAGAAGAGGGAGAGGGGGAGAGAAGGAAGUCCCGUAGUUAAAGCUCUGUAGGAGACGACGGAAGGAAGAGGGAGGGAAGGAAGAGAAGGAGAAGGAAGGGAAGGAAGAUGAAGAGAAGGAGGAGGAUUGGUGGCACACAGAGGAGAAGAGGGAGAGGGGGAGAGAAGGAAGUCCCAUAGUUAAGGCUCUGUAGAUGACGACGGAGCGAAGAGGGAGGGAGAUGAUGUUAGUUGUGACGAUGGUGGUGUGUUGUUUUUGUUUGUUUAUCUCAUUUUUUAUAAGUUUUAAGCUGUUUUUUUAUUUAAUUCUCUUUAAUUCUGCUCUCUAAUCUCAAUAUAAGCAGUUUAUGUAUUUCCUCUCUCUCUCUCUCUCUCUCUCCUUCCAAUUAAUAUAUACAUUCCUCUUAAUUUCACCGAUCUCAAUAUAUAUAACCAAUCUGUGUAUUCUCUCUCUC